AUGAGUUGGAACGAAACCGGUUGGUGGGCUGAUCAAGAAGAAACCGAACUUUCGUAUGCUCGUGACAAACUGGAUUCGUUGCUGCAGAUCUUAAAAGAGGACCCAGCUAAGACCAAGACGAGCACCAAGUAUAAGGAUGAAAUGGCUGGUCGGCGAGAUUCUUCAGAAAAGGAAAAGUUUAGGAGUCCAUUUUAUAAAGUAUCUCCGAAUGAUAUUAAAAGGAAGAAACGACGAGUACCAUCUGAGGAAGAAGAAACAUACAAAGAAUCAUUUGUCAUAAAGGUUUUUGAGAGAAGUGUGGACUUUGGACAGUUUAGCGAAAACGCUCCUUUGUAUCCAAUGGCUAGAUCAUGGAUACGUAAUCUUAAUCAGGGUGAUUCUUCAUCAUGGAAUGAUGUUCCAAAUGUUGAUGAUGACCAGGAGAACAGUGACCAGUUGCCUGACUGUCAUUACACGCUACCUAAGCCAAGUGAUGGAUUGACCGAUAAUGACAUUAGGAUACCGCCUCCUCUCCCAUCGGACGGUCAGCCAUUCCUUAUUAACGUUGAGAACCCACCUAAGGAAAUGUCUCCUGAAGGAUUAUUGGAACAACACAUUGUCCGUUGGAGAGAAAUUCGGAGAAAAUGGAAAGCUGCCUGUCGCGAUAACGAAGAACGGUAUUUGGACUCUUAUCUUAUUCUCAAAGAAACGUAUGACAAAUUCUGCAAGGACAUACCAUAA